GACCUCUACGCGCUCCUGCGCGUCCCGCCCUCUGCGACGCCCGUCGAGCUCAAGGCAGCGUACCACCGCGAGCUGCUCGCGUCCCAUCCGGACAAGCGGCGCCAGCCUUUCUCCCCCUCCCCCUCCCCCUCCCCCUCUCUUCAUACUCCGAACUCCAGUGCCGGCUCUACGCCGCCCGAGGAUGUGGACAUCGCGCGCCUCAAAGACGCGUACGCGACACUGUCGCACCCCGCCUCGCGCACUGCGUACGAUCGUGCCCUGAGAGCCGCAAGUGCUGUAUCAGGGCGGAGCGGGCCGAGGCCCGCGCAGGUUGUCUCGCUCGAGGAGUUCGCCGAGGUGCUCUGCAAGGAAGUCGAGGAAGAAGGGGGCGGAGAAGGGGAGGGUGGGGUGUGGAUGCAUGGGUGCAGGUGUGGGGGCGCGUACAGGAUCACGCAGGGCGAGAUGGAGCGGGAUGUGCAUCUCGUUGCGUGCGGGAGCUGUUCUGAGGUUGUGUGGGUUGGGUAUGAGGUCGCUGAUGAAGAAGGU